AUGUCCAUACUUCGACAUGUAGUUGCCUCCUACCGAGGUUCCAAUGACUGUACUGGUUGGCACAUGUGCCAGAAUACCAAAUGUGAAUCUGCGCGCAAAGACACUGAACGCUUCAUUAUUAGAUGUGUACAAGCUCAGGCCUUUGGUGCUGAACUCGAAGCAAUUGAGAGAAAACAUGACCUACCUAGGGACAGUCGUAUUCUGGAUUUAUCUCCCUUAAUUGAUGACAAAGGUCUGCUCAGAGUUGGAGGUCGUUUGAACAAGCUGAAGAGUACAGGACUCUCGUCGCUUAACCCAGUUAUAGUUCCUAACGGACAUGUGGCAGUACUACUGGUACGUUUCAUCCAUAACAAGGUUUUCCACCAGGGCAGAACGAUCACUGAAGGCGCCGUACGUUCUCAUGGCUAUUGGAUCCUGGGAGCAAAGAAACUCGUAUCCUCCAUCAUUCAUGGUUGCGUUGUGUGUCGGAAGCUCCGUAGGAUGCCCCAGGAACAGAAGAUGGCAGAUCUCCCUGUUGAUCGGCUCACCCCAGGACCCCCAUUUUCCUCUGUAGGACUUGAUGUGUUUGGUCCGUGGCCGGUAGUUACUUGA